AUGUACGGGCUGCCUGACCUGAACACGGAGGACAAGAACGUGACCGGCCUAUGGUUUGUCCCACCUCUUUGCUGUUCAAGCGCCGUUGUCAAUCCUUGCCAGGUUCAGAAGCAGCUGAGAGCAUACCUGAUGCAGCUUAUGGAGACAGGGGUCACCAUGCUUCGCAUUGGCCUCACAUGGCAUACAAAGACGCUUUUUGGCAGACGGCAUGGACGUGGAAUUGUAGGUGUGGAUGCCGCCAUGAACAUCUAUCCUGAGUCACUGGCACAGGUCACCCUUGCCCUGCCAUGGGAGUACAUUGUGCAGGAGUACUAUCCAGAUAUGAUUGAAGAUGAAGAGAACCGGGAGAAGGCAGCAUCCAUUGGAUCAGCUACUGACUUCACAUUUGGGCAACGAGUAGCGGAAAGCCUCUUCGAUGGACAUGCAGGCAGCUGGUACAACAGGUCUAGUCAGAUGGGUGAGCUUCUCCAGCUGCAGCGUGAAGGUUUUCCCAACUGCCACUACAAGGUUUGUGAUUCGCCUGUCCCCACUGAUCGGGCGCUCCUUUUCCUAGACAAUCAUGACCAACAGCGGGAACGCUGGAAACCUGAAGUACCAGGUCAGCCGCCAUCGUCCCCGGUCUGUGCUUGGGAUGGCCGGGAUAUCGGAAGCUGCAGACCCAUCUACAAGCACGGCCAGGUCUAUGCGUUGGCACAGCUGUACAUGAUUGCUUGGCCUUAUGGAGCUGCUAGAAGAUCCUCGAUUCGGCUCAUGUCGUCGUAUGGCUUCCACGAGUUCAAUCAGGGGCCUCCAGGCGUAGGACGGGAUUCAUUGAGAGAUCAAGCUGUAUCCCCAGUAGUUUGCCCGCGCCUCAGGGUACGGGCUAAAAUUAUCGCAGUAGCGGCAUUUAUCGUCAUCUCACAGGAAGUGUUCGAAUUCUACGGCCCAUGUAGUUACGAGCCGGGGCUUUCAGCAUAA